AUUGCGGAAAACAUGGACGUCAAUAAAAACAUUGGUGUAAUUGAGUUCUAUCAGGACUCAACAAUCCUUAUCACAGGCGCGACCGGAUUCACCGGUCAAGUUUUGUUGGAGAAAAUUUUACGUAGCCUGAAACCACGGAAAAUUUACGUUUUGGUUCGUGAAAAGCGAGGCGUGAAAGCACGGAAAGAGGUAAAGCAGUUGUUCUCGAAUGUUCUCUUUGAACAGGUUCGUCAAGAUAAUUUACUGUGCCGCGUAAUUCCAGUAGAUGUAGAUUUUGACCAAGAGCAUCUCUCUCUUGACGAAGCUCUGCGGGAAAACCUAGCCAACGAAGUCGACGUACUCUUCAAUCUGUUGGCAAGUGUGAACUUCAACGAACCACUUGCAAGUGCUUUUCAAACAAAUGUCGAGUACAGCAGAAACCUGCUGCAGUUGGCUAGCACGUUCCAUCACUUGAAAGCUGUCAUACACGUGUCAACGUUCUACUCCAACUGCGAUCGCACAACAAUAGAGGAACUGAUCUAUCCCGACACUAGCUUCGGUGGAUACGAGAACGUGCGGGCUAUUUUGAACCAGCUGAAACCAACCGAAAGAGAUGUUUUCUCUCCAUUUAUUCUAGGGAAACAGCCCAACACUUACACGUACAGUAAGAAAUGUGCAGAAUCGAUGAUCAAUGAUAACUUUAGUCAGUUACCGGUUGGAAUCUUCCGACCACCUAUUGUGAGCUCAACAUUUCGUGAACCUUUUCCGGAUUGGUAUUACAAAUACAAUGGCCCUUGUGGGAUACUGAUGGCCUUGUACUUUGGACUACUGAAUGUUUUGCCGUUCGAAUUUGACAAGAGGACAUUUGUGGCACCGGUAGACUACUGUAUCAAUGCGAUGCUGUGCUGCGCCGUUGACGUGUACAAAAAACACUGUCAACAGUCUACGGAUUGUAUCGGGAAGGUGCAGGUCUACAACUUUACCGAUGGCACCAGAAAUUGCAGCUGGGAGGAGGCUUACCGUUGGUACCUGGAAGGUAUGACUCCUUUGCGAACAUAUUUGAGAGCCCGCUUUCUAACGUUAACUUCUAACAACAAAAUCCUUUGUGAGAUUGGUUUUUAUUGGAUGAGAGUACGCGCCCACUUCAUCGAUUUUAUUGCAUGGGCCUUGGGGAAAAAGUCACCAACAGCAGCUACUGCCACCACAGAACGAAUCAUCACGCAAGUGAAGCUUCUUAGGCCGUUUUGCGUUCAAGAAUGGGGCAUGGGCAAUAGUAACAUGAUGAAAGUAGUUGAAGGGUUGAGCGUUCGUGACAAACUUCGUUUUCCUUGCGAUCUCAGGAAUGUUGAUUUGGAAGCACAUUUGAGAAGGUUCAUACCAGGAGUAUUGAAGUAUGUGGUUAAUGCUAAAAGCGUAGCUUGAACUUGAUUAAUAAAAGCUUAAUGCUCA